AUGCAGCCGACAGUCUUGACACUCCUUGCCGCUGGGCACCUCCCGGGACUAGUGACAAUGGUCUCUGCCCAAGCCGUGUCGGGCCGCGAUGUUGACUGUAUGUUUUUCACAUCUCCUACGAGUCACGAUGCCACAUGCGAGACCUUUGCGGCCGCCUGGGGACUUUCUGUCGACGACCUCACGAAGUUGAACCCGGGUAUCGUCUGCCCUGGGCUCGAUACCAGCAAAGCGUAUUGCGUGAUUGGCACCGUCACUGAGGAUCCAGCCCAAACUCCAACAACCACUUCGGCGCCUAGCCCAAGCAACUCGCCUGCCAUGCCAGGUCUGGCCGAGAACUGUGACCGGUUCUACAAAGUUGCGUCAGGCGAUCAGUGUGAUAUCAUCGCCCAGAAACACGGCAUCACCACGAGCCAGUUCUUGACCUGGAAUAGUUUCAUCAACGCUGAGUGCUCCAACCUCUGGUUAGGCUACUAUGUCUGCGUCCACGUGCCCGGUGCGACUACUACAUCAUCUGGAUCAUCCCAACCGACCGGUCAGCCAUCUGAACCCUCGCCCCAGAUGCCUGGAGUUGUCAACAACUGCAAGACUUUCUACCUAGUCAAAUCUGGCGACAGCUGCUGGUCCAUCUAUACGGCGGCAGGUAUCACGUUUGACCAGCUCCGCUCGUGGAACACGCAAAUCGACGAGGGAUGCACCAAUUUGUGGCUGGGAUAUUACAUUUGCAUUAGGACUUAGGUUGCGUAGGGAGGCAUGGACUUGCCAACGGUAGCUGAUCAACUCAGUCACGCCAGGAAAUCGGGAACGAACCCGGCUUCGCGCUCGUGAAUUGGCUAUGUAGGGCCUGGACAUCCUAUAAUCUUAAUACCUAGUCACCUAUAUUGUACAUCCGCUUUACGGCGUUGUUGAAUGGUCUCGGUGGCCGUAGGCUACAGCGGUACCGAAGUUGUGGUGUAACUGUAAACUUCAAAUCCUGGGGUGGACAUUUUCCCGUUUUCUUGUUAUGAUGUUGAGUAGGUGAUGAGACGAGAACGACUCUGCCGUCACGGCUCAUGAACUCAUCCCUGAGCCUGAGUUGCCGUGGGUCUAAAACCGCGUAGUCGCUACUGAGAAAGCCAUGAAAAAGUCGGGCAUACCGGAUACGAGGGAGCACACGGUCCCCGUAACGGACCAUUGUCCAACCUCGCCGUAAAAGACAAGCCG